UUGAAACAACCGACGAUAUGCAAAGUUACGAAUUUGGAUUGCAUUUUCUCUAAAUAUCAUAAAUGUGAUAUUUAUUAACAUGUUUUAUCUAGAUGUGGACAAGGAAAGCACAGAGGAAACUGUAGAUCCAAGUGGGCUGACUACCAAAGAUGCCUUGACUCGUCUAGCAAGUGAGAUACGUUGCGAGUUGGCACGGUUCGAGGUGCAACAAGCUAGGCGAGGUUUCCUUGAACAAUGGCAAGGAGAUUUAUUUCGACAUGGAAGCGUGUAUUGCUCACUGCACUGGCCUAGCAUUGCAAUUCUGCUGAUUGAGGUCAUACUUCUCCUAGUAGCCUUCUUUCUUACAGACGAGAAAGAUUCCUACUCGCCAAGACACAUGGGGGCACUGGUAGAAGCCUGCGUGAUAUCUGUGCUGCUCAUGGUUAACAUGUACAUGGUAGGAUUGGACAUGAAGCUAGCAUAUAGUGAGAUGUUAACAAGGGCCACUGACAUGCUCAGAAAGAUAGAAGGUUUGGUCGGUAAGUGCAAAUGGAAUGCGUCAAGCUAUCCCGCCUUGCGCAUGCCACUCUCUCCGUGCAUCACACUGCAGUGGACGUACAGAGAUGGAGUCAUAGUCAACCUACCCCAGACUCUGCUUGUGCAUGGAGACGUGAUUGCAAUGCGACCGGGAUACAGUGCCCCAGCACGCUGUAGGCCUCUAGAGAUGGCUGAGAAAUCUAACACGCCAUCUUUAGUUGCUGGGGAUUUGUACAUGCCUGAAAUGGAGGGACAGGAUGCAAUAUUUUGCAUGCCUCAAGAAAGGCAGCCACUAGGAACACGCAAGUUCCUUGUUCUAGAAACACCCUAUAUAAAAAUUCUGAGGAUAGCACUGUGGGAGUCAUUCAAAAGACCCACCAGUACCCUAAACAAGGCGAGACACAUCGUAUAUACCUACUAUGUAGAGAAGGUUGUCCUGCCCUUGGUCUUGAUAUGUAUGAUCAUAGCUAAUUCUCUAAGAUUCGUCUAUCUACGAAAGCAUGUUGGCGAGUGGCCAGAAAUGUUCAUCCUCUUGCAGGCUGAUGCCAUUAUUCCAUUGCUGCCUCUCGUGUUCCCGGUGAUGUGGUUACUUCUGACAGACUACGGAAUAGCUACCGUCCUGGCUGCUCUUGAGUACCACAACAUGCUACCUGCUAAGGCUCAGACGAUUCCAUAUGAUUCGCUGCCGGAUGAGGAAACCACCGAUGUAGUGACAUCGAACGUGGCGUGGCGAGAGGUACUGCCGAUAUUCGUCGAUGUUCUCCGUGGCAGGUGCACCAGCACGCUUCCCCGCACGGCCAGCAUCCUGCAUGCGCUCGGUAGCGCCACCGCGUUCUGCUGUAUUGACAAGAAGGGCAUCCUCUCGUGGCCGAAUCCGACUACGGAGAAGGUGUUCCUGCUGGCAGACAAGGGUGAGGAGGAGGGCGGCGGAGGCGGCGGCGGCGGCGGCGACAACGGCGGUGGGGACGAUGUGUCGUGCGACUCCGGUUCAGUCAUGGCAAGCGCACUCAACGUCACCGACACUGCGGCCAAGACUCGCGAGGAUAGCUUCGAGGGCAAGGACACGCUCGCACCGUUGCAGUCGGCCAGACCCGAUGAUCUGCAGUUGCCACGAAAGACCACUGUAGUUGUGUUGGAUUUCUCUCAUGAUAACUUGACUCCCUUCAGCAUUGAGUUUGAUGAUCCUUGCUGGAGAAAACAUAUCAGCUCUCUCAAGCCACUGGGCCUCAACGUGCUGCUUAACACGUGUAACGCGGAGACUUCGGAUUUCUACACGCUGUUCACAGAUCAUGUGUAUAGAGCCUCGCUGAGCGAUAAGGAUGCCAUCGGUGUUGUUAAUAGGAGUGAUUCUGCUGACCUGCUGGUGGCAACACGUGAUAGAAAUGCCUGUUAUCAGUCUUGUUUGUCGAAGUUAUUUUUGCCAAGGUGUCUGUGUGAGAUGGCAAGACAGAUUGGCUUCAAGGAUUGUGCUAUGGAUAUAUUCAGUUUAGACAAGCAGCUGGCUGUGUAUAGAAACCUGUCAUCACCAGAGAACAGGGAGCGUUACCUUCGUAAGGUGCAAUCUUUUAUCAAGUUUAAGACUCCACUGCCAAACAUGUUCUCAGUCAUUGUUAGGGAGAAGAACACAGGCAUGCAACAACUUCUCUCACAAGGCACUGCUGAUAUGGUAUUAGAUUGCUGCAGUGAACUCUGGAAUGGAUAUGAUAUAGUGCCGCUGCAGCCUGCAGAUAGAAAGCGAAUCCUCGACUUCUAUCAUCGGAGCAGUCUAGCAGCGUACUGCACAGCAUUUGCCUACCGUCCAAUCACACAUCCACUCUCCAUGGAUACCAAGAACAUGAUUAUUGAGCUCCCUGGGGACUUCACAGAGAAUUAUCCCUUCCUGCAGAGUCCUAGCUCUAACAGGUCGUGGGAUUCUGAUAGCCUAGACGGUAAGGUGAGCUUUGGUCACCCACGCUACUUCAGCGAAGACUCCUUGCUUAGCGUUAUGGCGAAGGCCAACAGCAUGGGCCUUAUGGAUGCUACCAAUGUCUUUCAAGCUCAGCGCAACGAGAUCUUCAUCGGGAUGGUCACAAUGCAAUACCAAGCAAAAACGGACAUGAUAGAUCUGCUAGAGAAGCUAGAAGGUGCCUGCAUCCGUUUUGUGCAUUUCUCCGAGGAGAGUGAAUUGCGUAGCAGGGUGUUCUCAGAGAAGAUGGGACUUGAGGCAGGCUGGAACUGUCACAUCUCUUUGCUGAGUAAGGCACAGUCAAGCAUAAAGAGCCCAGGCGUUGUCACUCAGCGUUCCUUACCUCAGAUGAGCUAUAAUGUUGGGCUGAAUCUGUCUAAUGCCACCAGAGGACUCUGUACCAGUGCACCAGACUUAAUUAAUAUAGAUCGCGUAGAAGAGGCGAAAGGUGAAAGUGAGGCAUGCAAGAGCUACGACAAGGCUACGGUUGGCAACGUUACCUCACCGCGCGCCAUUGAUGGCAUCGAGAUGGAAAUCCUUGACCAUGACGACGUAGCCGAGGUCAUCUUCGAGUCCGGCGAGUCAAUACUGGUAGAGGGCGCUGAGCUCUCAGCGAGUCGCCUGACCACAAGCAGUCAGAGCAUUCCCGGUGGUUUCUACAUGGCCAAUACGGCAAAGCUUCCCAAGGGUAUAGCGAACAUCCGCCCACACAUUGAGAAUGUGGACAACGUGCCGUUGCUGGUGCCUCUCUUCACGGACUGCACUCCUGACACUACAAGGGAGAUGUUCAAGAUCAUGCAGGAGUACGGUGAGGUCGUCUGCUGUGCAGGAAGCUCACUGAAGAUGCACAAUACGGGAUGUUUCAUGCAGGCCGACAUCAGCAUUGGCAUUACGCCUAUGCAACCAGAGAUCUGCAUGAAACGCAUGGGUCAGUGCAGUGGUCAGGAGGGAUCAUCAUGCCUCAGUCCGAUAGCCAUAAGCAGGACCCUGAAUACCAUCAGCUGUUCGGUCAGCUUUGAGCAAGAGGAUCCCUCCACCUUUCUUCUACUCGUCAUGCAGGCUCGAAAUUUCACAUCAAACCUGCUCAAUUGUUGUCAGUUUUUGAUCUGUUGUGAGUUGACUCUCACUCUUGUGCAGGUGUUCUCCACCAUAUUUCUGUUGCCACCUGUACUGAAUGGUUCCCAAGUGCUUUGGCUCAGCUGUGUAGUGGUGCCUCUGCUCAGUGUGUCUUUGUUUGGCAAGCCAGUGGAGCACAAUAUCAUGAUGAAGGCUACUGGCAAGAACACUAAAGGCCUGAAGAAGAAGCCUAUGCUCAUAUUUGCUUUGCUCUACAUGACAAAGUUCUUGCCUUCUGUGGCCAUCACUCUUGCUUGCUUUGUGCUGAUGUUGAGGGCCUUCUGUGUCAAGGUCACGAAUUCAUUAGAGGAGUGCCAUCUCUUUUAUGGAUAUGGAAAUUUCACGCGACCGGGGGAGUGGAAUGGCUGGAGUAGUGACCACUCCAAAGCACUGCUUAUUGCUCAAAACGUUGUUGCAUUCCUGCUCACAUUUUACUUUGGGAUCAUAUCAAUGAGUUAUCUUAGCCGCUAUGAGCAACUGUGGAAGCGAUUACCCACGUUCAACAAGGCCUGGUGUAUAGUUAUGCCAGCCAUUGUAACAGUCCAGCUGCUCUACUUCAAUUUUGACUUGUUGGUGUAUGUACCUACUCAUCCGUCGAUCAAUUUCUCCAUCACUGACAUUCCACUCUCUGCAUGGCUGCUGGGACUGCUCUGGCCACUGUUACUCGUCAGCAUAAAUGAGCUAGUCAAGAGACGAGAAAUCAAGCUAGAGGUUCGAUUCCAGAAGAGGGAGCGAUUAAACUUCGGUACUAAGCUCGGCAUGAAUUCUCCAUUUUAAAUACCAGAGGAUGCUACCGUCAUUCUGCUACGUAUAAAUAUGUACAAUGGUGUUUUCUGUUCUGAUAAAUUAUUCGUAAUUUAGAAUUUAAUAGCUUGAUGUCGAGAAACCAGAUAGUGAAGUAAUGGCCUUUUCCAUGCACACUAUGUGUUGUGAGCAAGAACUUAAAGGUAGAACAAUGGCAAUCUCAUACCACCAUGCAUAGAAUAAGUGACACAAGGUGUCAUUUAUAAGUGUAUAACCUUACUACUAAAUUCUAUUACUUCAUCCAUUUUCACUGCUGGUUCCUAAUAAUGUCUCCGUUGAAAUCAUCUGCAUUUACCAGCUGUUGUUGACAAUUCGGAUAACAAUUACUGCCAAAGUGUGUGUAAUUACAGAGGUUUGUUACCGGGCACAUUGGCAUGCAUGCUGGGCCAUAUGCAUGAUUGGCUUAUUACUUGCAUUAUAAUAUAUGGGACACACAUUUCCUUGCUAACUCUUACUGUUAUUGUCACGUGACACAAACUGUAAAUUUGAACUGAGCUUGGACUGUUGACAAACAGCAUGAAAAUUAGGUUUGUAAGGUAACGUGUGGUAAAAUUAAACAGUUAUGUGAAUUUUGGUGGUGAGGUUACGUGCACUUAUGAAUCACACGUAGUGUCUGUUAUCCUAGAAUUUGCCAACAGUAGUGGAUAAAUGGCCACAUUCUACCUUUAAGCAUUGUGUGAGCUUUUAAAAUCAUGUGAUUCACCCAGCAGCUAUGAGAUAGUCCUGACUUUUAUUACUACUAUGAACAUAUGUAUACAAUGAGUUUACCAUAUACAAGUGUAUACAUAUCGAUCAAUAUAUAUAUAUAUAUAUAUAUAUAUAUGUAUAUAUAUCAUGAGUUCAUGUUAAACUAUAAGGUAUAUUUCUGUGUGCCCAUGUGCACCAUUCUAGUGUAGGAGAAAUCGAUGGCAUUUUGGGAUUGAUAUCUGCAGUGAUAGUUAAUCUAAGUAUAGUGUACGUUUUAACAAUGCCAAAUCUCGCAAUGUCUCUGUUUAGGAGGAAGCAAUGCAGAUAGCAUUAUUGUAAUUUUAUGUGCAUACCAUGUAUAAUAGUACUUUGUUACUGUUGUUGACAGAGAUCUAGAAUAUUACAUUAUCUAGUUACCACUGCACGUCAAUUUAGCAUAGGUGUACAGUAAUGUAAGAGUAUUUAUUUGUCGUUGAAAUAUGUUGUUAAAUAAAAUACUGUAAAAGUAAUCAAGUAAUAUGAA